AUGAAGCUCAAACCCACGAUCAUUUCACCCGUGUUGCAGCACCAUGCCGCUGAGGCACUGGCGGCGCCGCUCGCGCCCACGCAGAGCCUGCGCUGCGUCGGCGGCAAGGCCACUCCCCCGGUUGCGCCCCCGUCGACUACGCCCCCGGCCGGACCGGUGGUGUCGCUGGGCCAUUGCAGCAACGACGACCCCGCGCAUUUUGGCACACUCGACGGCAGUCAGCAGUGGAGCCUCGAGGGAGGGGCUCUUGCCACGGAGGAUGCUAUGCGCCUUCGCUGGUGCCUGAGUGCCGACAGUGACACGGAGGGUGGGGCGAACGUGGAAGAGUCCACUAUCACGCCACGCCUUAUCGUCUGUGCUUCUGGAAGGGAGGCGCAACGUUGGGGCUACGACUCAGUGAGCCGUCGCAUCGAGCUUGCGGUGCAGCGGCCCUGUCCGCCAAAGGGCUCCAGUCGGUGCAAGUACUGCCUCGAGUCCGACUCGCGUGGGGGGUCAACGGCGCUGCAGCUAGCGGUCUGUGGCGAAGCAACUGCGCAGAUGUGGGAUGUGAACGGGCGCACGGCGGCAGGAUCGCUCGCCUUCCUCUCCAACCCGACCGAGCCCUUCCGACGCUUUUCCACCGUCCCUGCGCCUGGUGUCACAAAAUGUACCGUCGAGUAUCGCGGCCGACGGUACGUGCUGCUGCCUCACUCGGUGGUGCUUGUCGACACUCGGACGGGUGCUGGGGGUGCCGUGACGUGGGAGUUUUGGCAGGAAGCAAUCGGCUGCCCGGGCUGCGCGCGCCAGAUGGAGGCGUCCUCUCCACUUGAGCAGUUACGGCUGACGGAGGACGACACUGUUUACCUCUGGUACAGCACCGUCGUGUCAGCAGAACUCCUCGGCGCUUUUCUCUUGCCGGGCGAGCCCCCUUGCCGGUCAGACCGGCGAUAUGAGUGCCGCACGGUGUCGGUGCCGGCUGGGGAGGUCAGUGGAAUGGGGGGGACCAUCGCGUACGCCUUCAUCGACGACGUCGCCACUACCGCCGCCACGCCACUCACAGCCGGCAAUCAGAGCCGCGAGCUUCACAUCCUCGCUGUGGCGAUGGGCCUGGCCAAUGGCGGCGUCGGACCAAGUAGCAGCAAGGGUCCGCACACCUGGCCGCUGCUUGGCGAGCAACGGCGGAUCUACACGGCGGAGGGCACCGGCGGCUUGCCGCACACCUGGUUUCGCUCGUGGCUUCCGCGGCCGACCGUGGCGGCCGGUGCGCCUCAGACGAGCUUUGCGCUCAACCUGAGCACGAUGAACAAGGGUGUGGCCUACGUCAACGGCUUCAAUCUGGGCCGAUACUGGCUGCGACGAGGGGAGUGCAAGGGCGCGUGCGCGCCGCCCGUCAAGCAUGGCCACUGCUACAUGCGCUGGAAGGCAUGCGGGCGGCCCACGCAGACUCUGUACCACGUGCCGACCGAGGUGCUCGCGCCCGUGCGUAACCUCGUAGUCCUCUUUGAAGAGACGGUGGGCACGGCAACACCGCGAGACCUCGCGGGCGUGUCCCUCGUGGCACUGCACGAACAUCCUGCAACCGACUGA